CAUAAAAUAUUAACAUUAAUUAGUAACCACUAACCAUGGUUAAUUAGAGAAACUAUAGACUUAACGCUAAAUAAUCACCUUUACCUUUAUUGUACGUUCUAUAGUAUAUCUAGUUUUUUCUAUAUAUAUGUGUCAUCCAACCUUGCUAUCCUCUCAACAACAACAACAGAAAGUUCCAACUCCAGACAAUUCUGCUAGCUUAGAAUUUACCAUUAUGAACUCCAUGAUGGCUUAUUUCUUUAAACUGCCUCUUUGUCCUGAAACCACCCAACAAACCUUCUUUGCUCUCGUCUUUGCUUUCUUGCUCUAUUUUCUACUACACUUGUGGUUGGUCCCCGGAGGCUUUGCAUGGCGAAGUUACAACCUGAAUUCCGACCCUAAACUCAGGGGUCCAUCAGGUUGGCCCGUCGUGGGAACACUUCCUCAAAUGGGUUCUUUGGCCCAUAGAAAACUAGCCACUAUGGCAGCUUCCUUGGGUUGCACUAGGCUCAUGGCAUUGAGUUUAGGCACCACACCUGUGAUCAUUAGUAGCCACCCUGAAACUGCUAAGGAAAUCCUAUCCUCACCUUCAUUCUCAGACCGUCCCAUAAAAGCCUCGGCCCGUUUGCUGAUGUUUGAACGGGCCAUCGGGUUUGCUCCCCAUGGCAUCUACUGGCGCCACCUAAGGAGGAUAUCGGCAAAUCACAUGUUCUCUCCUAGGAGAAUUUCGAGCCUUGAAGGUGUUCGGCAAUGCCUAGCUGAUGUAAUGUCAGAAAAUUUGUUGAAGGAAAUGAAGGGUAGAGGAGGAGUUGUGGAGUUAAGAGGGAUAUUACAGGGAGUCUCUUUGAAAAACAUGUUGGAAAGUGUUUUCGGAAGUAAUUUGGGUAGCGAAGGGGAGGUGCUAGGGUUGAUGGUGAGGGAAGGUUAUGAGUUGAUUUCUGCAUUCAAUUUGGAGGAUUAUUUUCCUUUAGGUCUUUUGGACUUCAAUGGAGUGAAAAGGAGAUGCCUUAAGUUGGCUUGCAGGGUCAAUGAACUUCUAGGUCAGAUCAUUAAAGUUAGGGAAAAUGAUGUAGACUUUAAGAAGAAAAAUGAUUUCCUAAGUGUGUUGCUAUCUUUGCCCGAUGAUGAACAACUAAGUCAAUCUGAUAUGGUGGCUGUUUUAUGGGAAACAGUUUUUAGAGGAGCUGACACAGUAGCCACACUUCUUGAAUGGAUCAUGGCUAGAAUGGUCCUACACCAAGAUAUCCAAGCAAAGGCUCAAGAAGAGCUAGACUUAUGCAUUGGGACUAACCCGAGGCGGGUCCAGGAUUCAGAUCUCCAACACCUUCCCUUCCUUCAAGCCAUAGUCAAGGAAGUACUACGGCUUCACCCACCGGGCCCUCUACUUUCAUGGGCUCGCUUAGCAAUCCACGAUGUCCACGUUGACAAGGUUAAAAUUCCAGCUGGCACUACGGCAAUGGUCAACAUGUGGGCCAUAACCCAUGACCCGACCAUAUGGGACGAUCCAUGGGCCUUCAAUCCUACGAGGUUCAUCGAUGAGGAUGUGUCGAUCAUGGGCUCGGACCUAAGACUUGCUCCAUUUGGGUCAGGCCGUAGGGUUUGUCCUGGAAGGGCAUUGGGCUUGGCCACCGUUCAUUUGUGGUUGGCCCAAAUGCUUCACGAGUUCAAGUGGUUGCCAACCCAAGUUGCGCCCGUGGAUCUUUCGGAGCGCUUGAGGCUUUCACUUGAAAUGAAGAAACCAUUGGCUUGCUCGGUGGUUCCUCGUAAUAAUGGCAUAAAUUAACUAGCUUAAAAUAUCUCGGUACUUUGGUAAAUGUAAUGUAGAUAGAAUUAUUCAUGGAUAAUCAUGAUUAAGAUGAAUAUUAACUGUAAGAGCUCAUUAGAGUUGGAAGUUGAAGAAAAUUGUAGUACUGGAAUCACAAAGAUAACUCAGCUUUACGUCUGAGAAGCUUUGUAACUUUGUAGCUACAAUGUGACCAAAAUAAUAUGCAGUAUAUGAUGUUUUUAAUCAA